AUGGCCAAGGACAAUGGCGGCGAGGAGAUUGAGCUGAGGUCACUGCUCGAACUAGUGACAGACUCGCAGCCUAUACCUGGGCCUUGCAACCGACCACCAUGGGUGAUGGGGGAUAGCAACCCAUACGGCGUCAUCGGUCAGAAAAAGACACACGCACGUGUGACGCCAGUGGCCGUCCCGGUUCUCCCCUUGAACUCAGAAUUAGCGAAAGACUCCUCGCAGCCAUUUCGCGGUCAAGAGGCAGCGGCAACUCCAGAAGCUCUGAAUCGUUCUUAUCGCCUGCCAGUGUUUGGAUCCAUGCCACCACCACCGGAACCACUAUUAUCUUCUCCUGAGCUUCCCUCAUCAAAUUAUGCAAUCAAUGGCAGCGGCAUGCUCAGUCCGAAUCCGGUCACGCCGAGCCCAACGUCAACUGCCGCUGCUGAGAACCGUCAACGACCAGUGACUUUCCCUAUCACCCCGCCAUCGACCGUUAAGUAUCCUCAUGUUGCGGCCCCUACUCGACUUUCCACUAUAGCCGAGUGUGACACGGACGACGAGCGGACACCGCCCCGAGGACGUGCCGCGGGUGCCACGGCAACAUUAAUAUCUUGCCUAACUCCAGCGACCACUCCGGUCGCGACCCCAAUUCCAAAGGUAGCGAACGGGCAGGUUGUCUCGGAAGCAGACAGAAGCGUGAGGGUGGCCCUUUUCCAAGAGCAAGUGACUCGGGCGAGGCUGAAACGGGAGAAAGUGUCCAAGGGCAAGGAGGGUGCUGCAGCUGAGUAG